GCGUGCUGCUCCCUUCCCUGUAGAGCGACCGUCGUCAUGAUCGCAGCUUUCCCCGCAUCCCAGACUUCGCCCCCGGCCAUUCUCCAGAUUUCCCUACCAGACAUCCCUCUACCAACCACACGCAUCAACCAUUCACCGAAGGUUUACCAUGACUUCAUCACAUUCCGGCAUCCAACGACAUGCCAUUCACCGAUCCACCAUCAGCCAACGCCCAUUACCCCGCAAGGAGCAUAAAGACUGACCUGGAGCCCGGGCUGACCUUCUCUCAUCAAUCAUCACUCUAAGACUCAAGGCAAUCAACGGUAUCUAUCUAGGCAAACACCUAAGACAACAUCAGUAAGAAUGGAGCCCUCUGACCCUCUCGACUCCCAAUGGAUUUCUAUCCACAUCCGCGACCACAUUGAGGACCGCCAAAUCAACAUCCGUGACUCCCUCGUCUCUCCCGGCGAUUUCCACUCCCCCGAUGACCCCUCCAAAGCACUCACAGAAUCCAUGAUCGACAAGAUGACCAUCCCCGGCGGCGGACUCGGCGAAGUCUGCGCGACCGGCCGCCGCGGCAGCGAGGGCUGGCUUGAUCUCAUGGACGGCGACAAGAAGAUCUGCGAGCUGCACUGGGACAACCGGCUGGGCCGGUACUGGAAUGACUUUGAAGUCCUGGACCCCGAUGAGGCGUAUAAGGUUGAGUGUUCCGGAUGGAGUAGUGCGCAGGGUCCUCUUGGCCAUGUGUUUAUUGAUGUGAGUGAGGCGAAGAAGAAGGAGAUUAUGCAGGAGAAGGAAUCGGGUGGCCUCAGGGUCUUGGAGAAGGCUGGUGAUGUUGGGGCUGACAAGACUGGAGAGUAGGGGCAGCCAUCUGGUGACCUACGUGACUUGAGUGCUUGUAGGGUGACGGUUUAUUUGGACUGACUGGGUGGCUGCCGGGCUAAAUGAAGUUUUUUGCUAACGAAUAUUUUAUGAAACUAUAUCUAUGGAGUUACGAAAUUGAAUUGUCAUUUUACUUUGAUCGUCUAAGGCUGAAGUAACUCGGCCGGGUCCAUCUCAACUUGCUCUAGAUCUUGCUGGUUAUUGGUCCCGUCGUUGUCAAGCAGUCAGAAUCCAGACUAUUUCUCCCUCAUCCUCAUAUGGCUGG